AUGUUUCAUCCUGUCCCCCAAUUACUUCCUGCUUUGGGAUUGGCGGUAUCCGCGCACGUCGCCGCUCUUAUAGCGAUGGUCUUUUCGUCUGCAGAUUCACAUUUUCGGGUCAUUGCUAUACUUCUGAUAGUUCUCCUAGUUCGACAAUGCCUCCUUGCCAUAGAUGAGGCUUCCGAUAGAGGCGAAUUCUUCCGACUUUACAUGUGCGGCUACGCACUUUACGCAAAUGAAUUUCUGCUCCUGAAAAAACUCACUGUUCCGGCCUCGCCUUCGACCCGGCAACGCCUCGUUUCCGGCCUGAAGCUUCUCUUCUCACCGAGAAUCCAUGUCUCUAGAAAGGCAAUUCCUCCAUUUGACCCCGUGGAACCUAGCUAUGUGCCAACACGCUGGAAAUUCCUUUGUCGACAGGCAAUCAGUAUCGCUUGGAUGGCUACUGCUUACCACUGCGUUUUUCAUCGCUACGCCCUGCGGAUCCUCAUCACUGACUAUGCCCGACCGAGAGAGCAUCUCCUUCGGCGCUUGUCACAGGUGAGCGGUCGUGAGGUGGUCGUCCGGGUGUAUACUGUAUUCAAGGAGCAUUUCAGAAACUAUCUCCUGAUGUCCCUUGGUCAUAGCACAACCUCUCUUGUUGGUGUGUUCCUCUUUCAGGACGAUCCAGCCGACUGGCCACCAUUAUACGGAAGCUUGAAAGACGCAUACACUGUUCGGCGAUACUACAGCCAUUUUUGGCACCGAGUCAUGCGAACUGCAUUUGUCUCCAAUGCGAAGUUCCUGUUGUUUCGCCUCCUGCGGGUCUCUCCUUCCGCCGUAACAUCCAGGUAUUUGGUUUCUAUUACCGCCUUUGCUAUUUCCGGCACUAUGCACUCUGUGGCGUUUUCAACAUCUUGGAGAUGUGCAAGUCUUCGGCCGCUGUGGUAUUACCUGUCAAUCGCAAGCGCCAUUCUGGUGGAGGAUCUCGCACAACUAGGCUACCGCAAAUCGAUGACGUCGCUUUCCGGAAAGGCCCCGACGCCUGAUACAAACGAAAACAGUACACAGACUGUCAGCAAGCUACCAUUACAUGAUACCUUCUCCUACUUGGCGAUAUUUUGGGUAUUUAUGGGUCAUAUCUUUCGAAUGCUGGUCGAUUCCAAGAACAGUCUAUCCACAGCUGAUCUGUAA